AUGAUGAUGGUGCUGCCAAAUUGGACGAUGGCGAUUGCAAUGGCGAUGCCGAUGCCGAUGCCGAUGCCGAUGGCAAUGGCAAUGGCAAAUGCAGUGCCGAUGGGGUGUUAUGCAUUGGAAGGAGGGCAAUUUUUGGUGAGAUUUGGAAGCCGCAUUUUAUGUGUACAUACGCAUUUUCAAUUGAUUUUUCCGAUGGAUGCAAUUGGAGAAUUGGAGAAGAAAACGCUUAGUUAUGCUUAUUUCUGA